AUGAAAUUUGGUAGUGUGACAAAUGCUGUAAGUGAAAAAGUAACAACUGCAGGAACUGAAGAUGGCUACAUGAAGAAUAGACUCGAGAAGGAAGACGACAGCGAAAAGAGUAUUACAAGUAACGAAGAUUUCGAAGUUAUUGGCAGUCAAGCGCGAAUAUCCAAGCAUUCAGCUAGUGAUGAUGGGGAAUUGAAUGAUUCGUUUAUUGAUUUAUUUAAAAAACAUAUUGUGAAACGACGUGUACCAAGUUCAAUAGGUCGUAAUGAAGCCCAAAACAAAGAUGACUGUUCACGCAUGUCGUGGAAAGUGCUAUUCAUCAUAAUACUUGGAAUAAUUAGUUUUCAAUUGCAGUUAAUUCUUAAACGUCCAAAGGUUUUUGAUGAGACACUGAAAGACACAAUUACCAAACAACAGCAAAUAAUUGAUAGACUGGAAAAUCAACUUAAGAGCUGUGCACCACUAGAUGUUUAUAGUUUGCCUGUUCGUAUCGAAGAAGAACGAGUUACUGCCUUCGACAGGAAAGAUGGUUUUAAUUAUUUUUUCGUUAUUGUGGACUGGAAGAAAAAUGAUCGAGGAAUGGCACGGCAACACCUUCAUCUGGCAUUCAAACAAAGCAAUUCUAGUAUCUACAUCUACGAUCAUGGUCCAUUAUCUGGAAGAUAUUUCACUGUCGGCGAUCGAAUAAUCGACAUUGAUGGGGUCACAUUUGUCAGAGCUGCUGAUUUAAGAGAUCGAAUUCUGUGGUCACAUUAUAACAGAGAUUAUUUUACCAGCAUUAUCGAACGUCCUGCAACAGAACAAGCAGUACAUACCGUAUCAACACUAUUGCAGCCUUCUUUAUCCUCAUUUUCUGUGGUAUUGUCAGCUUGA